AUGACAAGCAAUCGCCUCCCUCAAGACCUAACUUUCGAUCUUAUUACUGCCGAUGAAGUUCCCGUUGCUCAUGCGAUUGAGACUACAGCGUUUCCUCCAGAUGAAGCUGCCACUCUUGAGCAAUUUCGAAUGCGCCAGGAGCUCGCGCCGAGUUUGUUCCUAGGCGCUUUUCUACCUCCACCUCCGGAAAGCUCAAGGAGAAGGCUCAUUGGUUAUAUCUGUGCAACGCAAUCCAACUCUUCGAUACUUACUGAGGAGUCGAUGAAGAAGCAUGAUCCCAAUGGUCCUUCUGUAUGCGUACAUGCUGUAGUUGUGGAAGCAACGUACCAACAGCGUGGAGUUGCCCUUUCGCUUCUCAAAGAGUUUGUUGCUCGGAUGAGAAGUGCUGGUUUAUAUAAACGGGUACUGUUAAUCUGUCAUGAAGACAUGCGACCGCUGUACGAAAGAGCUGGAUUUGAGUACUUAGGGCCAAGUUCGGUCGUUCAUGGCGCGUUGCCCUGGCACGAGAUGAGAACCGAACUUCCGGGUGAGGGUCCUUCAAGUACCCCAGACGAGCCACUACCAGAAUCCUCUGGAUCGAUUCCCCCGGGCCUCUUGGAAGCACUCCAACAGCAGCAAAGUUCGUCUCGAAGUCGACCUUCCGCACGCCUUCUUCCUUCGUUCUCAGACGGUAUCAACGGUGUCUCCUCCUCUGCUGCUCCUGGAGAUCCCAAAACAAACAAGUACGAUUUGUUAUGUCCUCGUCCUAGAUGCGGAUGCGUCAUUCUGAAGCCGGGUGUUGGUCGACUUGUUGAUAAGGAGCUUGUUGAGCUCGAACCUGUGGAUAAGUCGCCCUCAAGUUUGCUUGCCUCUCUCCCGCCAGUUGGCAGCGCUACUGCUUGCUGGCUUGUGGAGCCUAGUCCAAUGGCCUUCGAAAAUACUGGGUUUUCGCGGACUGUUGAUCGGGACUCGGCGAACCAAGGUGCACGACCCAAGUUAAAACUGCUGAUUUGCGCAGAUUGUGAUCUUGGUCCACUUGGAUGGUGCCUUGAAGGUGGAAAGGAGUUCUGGCUUGUUUGCACGCGGGUUGGGUAUAGAGCUUGA